CACGUUGCUCAGGCAUGGGUAUGCACCUCCAGAAUUCCCUUAAUUUGGUCUUCCAGGCAAAAUUUCUCGGUUGAUGUACAGCUCCUCUGUCAUUCACCCCAACCACCACCUAACCGUAUGACCGUGAACAGUUACCAUCUAUUGCUGCUAUUAUUUGAAUCCAAUGUAUCGAUUUGAUUGGAGGACAAAGUCGGAGGCACAGAGCUCGACAGGAAGAACCUGAUAGACCAACAUUAUGGAAUUAAACCCACGGAUAAGCCGUCAGGAACACUAUUGGUCACUGUGAGUGCGUGACGAACACGGAAGUGAGGCGUCUGUGAUGUGAUGUGAACAAAAUGAUCGGAGAUCUGUUGAUAUUCGGGACCUUACUGGUGAAUGCAGGGGCUGUGCUGAAUUUCAAGCUCAAAAGGAAGGAGUCCCACGGGUUUGGAGAUGAGUCCAGUGCACCAACAACAGGUGACAACAUCAGAGAGUUCCUGCUCAGCCUGCGGUACUUCAGGAUCUUCAUCGCUCUGUGGAACAUCUUCAUCAUGUUCUGUAUGAUCGUAUUGUUUGGAUCAUGAUCAAUGUUCGUGGGCCGACUGGACCUCCACCACCAGGAUGUCAGCUGUUCAAGAAGGAUGAUACAAACUUCUUCUUAAUAAGACUUUGCCAUUCUUUUGGCCUUUUUAACUGUAAUUAUGCUCCAUUUUCCUUAAGACACCACACCGUAAAUCUCCUUCUGGCUGUACAGGAAUUUAUGAAUCGCUGUAUUUAUUUUGUCUUACUGAAGUUGUUACAUUUUGCCCCUUUUUCGCUAAGCUGAAACUGUACCAACACCACUGUCUUUGUUGGAAAUUUGUUGUCUUGUUCCCUUCGUAAUGACGGACAGCCCUCACUAAUGGGAGAGAAAAUGAUCUUUCUGUGACAUGUCACCUGUGUGUCACCAUUUAAGGGUCCUAUUUGGCCCUCAAACUUCACAUAUCGCCCUUCUUAAACAUCCUUUUAUUUUCUUAAGCAGCAAUCAGAAUUCAGCUGUAUUCAACGAACAAAUCAAUUAAUGAACUCCACGUCUCUCCUGUUAAAAGAAUAUUUUAAUGAAACCUCUUCAUUUUCCUUUGGGCCACAUGUGCUGUAUGUAAAUGUAUAUGCACUAAAAUGUAAAUGUGUCCAUAAUCUUAACAAUAAAAAUGCAGUUUUCUUA